CAGGAGUGGCUCGCGAGGAGCAAGCCGGAGCCCGAGCCUCCGGCGCCGAUCGUGGCGCCGGCGCUGGUGCAGCGGCACAGGGCGCCCUUCGCCCCGGCGACGGCCGAGGGCCUUCGACCGCCCGCGGGCGCCUUCGCCAAGGCACCGCCGCCCGGCGGCGCCCCAGCGGCCGCCGCCCCCGCGCCGGGCGGUUUCGCCACGUCGCCCGCGCCAAGCGGCUUUUCGGCGGCGCUGGCGCCCGGCGGCUUCUCGGCGGCGCCGGCGCCGCGCGCUGUCGACUCCUCCGCGGCCGGCGCCAUCGCCGCCGCGGCGGAGACGGCGAGGAUGGCCGCGGCCCUGGGCGUGCCGUCGGCGGCCUCGCAGAAGGCGCCGGAGCUCCAGCAUCUCUUCGGCGGCGCCGCCGCGGAGCCCGAGGCGCCCGCGCCGGCCCCGCGACCGGUGGCCGUGCUGCGCGCGUCGCGGAGCCGGAGUAGGAGCCGCAGCCGCAGCCGGCGGCGGCGGUCGCCGAGCCGCAGGAGGCGGUCGAGGAGCCGAGCCCGCCGCUCGCGCAGCCGCCGGCGCAGCCGCUCGCGGGGCCGCGGCGAGCCCAACACGGAGAGGCCAGCCGCCCGCGGCGCACCGCCGCCAGCUCGCCGCCCAGGGUUCGACCCCAUGGAGAGUCGCACCCUGCAGAUCGUGGGUGGCGUCGUCCGCAGCCGGCUGACGUUGAAGACCGAGAUGCAGGCAUUCGGCGCUGUUGAGGUCGUGUACAUGGGCAACCGGCACGAUCCCACCGCGGAGCCGCCCUGGGUGAGGUUCGAGAAGGCUUCAAGUGCACAGGCGGCCCUGAACGCCAUCAAUAUGGGGCAGAUCAUGUUCGACGGCGGGCCCGCGAAGGCGGAGUUGAGGCCUCCCCCUUCUGGCACCUGAUGCCAUCGUUUUGCCACAUCCUCCCUCCUCACCCCAUCCUCCUGCCCCUGCCUUCCUCC